AUGCCUGCGCAAAUUCACUACCGAUCCCCCAAGAGCGAAGCAAGUCCCGAUUCUGCCGGUCCCGUAUACAAGUCGUCUUCCAUAUCGUCGCCCGAAGAUCAGAGCCUAUCGUCCAAAUCAAAUAGUCGCAAGCGAAAGUCCUCGAUAGAUGUUGACGAUGACGAUGACGACGACCUUGAUAGCCACCAACCGGUGAAGAAAACUGCGCAUAACAUGAUCGAAAAGAGGUAUCGCACUAAUCUCAACGACAAGAUAGCCGCUUUACGAGAUAGUGUACCGAGUCUGCGCAUCAUGUCAAAGAGUGCUCGGGGAGAGGAUACGACGGAAGAUAGGGAGGAACUACACGGCUUGACGCCGGCGCAUAAGUUAAACAAGGCAACAGUUUUAAGCAAAGCUACCGAAUAUAUUCGGCAUCUAGAGAAAAGAAAUCUCCGGCUUAUCGACGAGAACUCUGCCAUGUCGCAACGAAUAGCCGCCUUUGAGAAACUGUUUAUGGCUGGUGCGAUGAACGGCGCAGUUAGCCCCCUACAGCAGGGAACACCGUCCACACCUAUACAAUACUCGCACGAACCUAAUGGCUACGCGAAUUCUGCUAUGAACACUCCAGGCCGCCCCGAUCCCCAAGGCAUGAUCCAAGUUCCCGAUGAUAUGAAACGUAUUAUCGCCGCCCAAUUAGUGACAAAUCAACCAUACCCGGUACCACAACAGCCGUACAGAGGCAAUCCUACUAUGAUUCGCCAACAACAGAUCCAGCCACAGCAGCAUCACAUACAGGCAAGAGGCUGGCAGAAUGCUGGUCCCUACUUCGGAAAGUUGAUGGUCGGUUCCCUAGCAGGAUUGAUGCUUUUGGAAGCUGCUCGCGAGAAGGAGCAAAGCAACGAGACACCAGAGGGUCGCGGCCUUUUCGCCCUCCCCAUACAGCUCCUUAGGUUCCUUACAUCUUCGCUAAGUGUCGAUUUUAUGGGCUAUAGCAUUCAUGGUUCCCAAGUGUUAUACUCUAUCCGGAUCGCAUUGCUAUUCUGCUGUCUCGGAUGGGUUAUCAUUUCUACAUUUGCAGAGCGCAGGGCACCAGGCAAGGAUGGCCUUAAACAAAAACAGAUAUCUUUGAAAGCGGUGCCCUCUUUAGCUUCACCCAUUCACGUGCGUCGCCAGGCGUGGCUCACUGCUAUCCAGACAGUUUGGGUCCCUCGCCACAACUUCUUCCUCGAGGCCGCCGCUCUGUGCCUCAAGACAGCCAAACUGAGCCUUCGGAAUCUCAUCGGAAUCCACGGUUACCAGAUGCUAACAGGCCUCACUGAAGACCAGGAGCUUGCCCGUGUUAAGGCUUGGGCAAUUGCUUUAGACGCUCAACUUGCCGGAGGAGAUGUCGAAAUCAGCAAGAGCCGACUCACGCUAACCCUGCUGGCUUCCGGAACCCUCCCCACAACUCCGCUGCGACUAAUGCUGAAAGCCCUUCAUAUCCGUGUCCUCUUAUGGGAAGUUGGCCUCUCCGGUAUGCAAAUUGGCGUCUUAAAUACCUUGGCGUCGAAACUAGCGAGGUCAAAAUGGAACGAAGCGAAACAACUGCACAGACUCUUAACACAGCUUCGACGUGGCGGCCAAGAACAAUCUGAUGAUGACCUCCCGGAUCAUCUAGCUGCCCUCCUUGAACAUGACUGCGACGCUGUCUUGAACCAAAGCAUCGUCCAAAGAGUACAUAACCUCGCUUGGAACCGCCCGACUGACCACAAUGCUAUCGGGAUCAUUGAUGGCAUGGAUACCGUGGUAGACGAUGUAGCAAUCCGCUCUCCAAUGGAUGCGGUUGCAGCUUGGUGGUCUAAUAUCACACUGCAAGGUGCACUUACGAAGAGUCUUCUUACCAAGGAAGAGGAUGAUCCAGAAGCAGUUCAGCAAAUUGAGGAUGAAAUAUCCCUAGCUAUCAGGACCGCUCCGAUCGGAUGCAUCGCCCAAAACCGUGCCUUAGUUGCGCGUGCCUUGCUCAUUGAGGAGAAACGAAGCAUGAAUAUCAUGGCUGCGUUACAAGCUAUUGGCCCUGUAACACCGGUUCUCUCCUCGCCGAACAGUCCUACCGGUAGUCCAGCUCGCGGUACUCCGUCACCACCCCCCACUCCUAUCAAGUCACUUCCUCCUUCGCUCGUCAUGACGACCGAAAUGCGUACUUCCCUUCUUUGUGCCAUGGCUAUCGCACACCUUCAAAAGUUUUCUCCGCCCGAGGAGCCGGUCGACAUAUACGCCGUGAUUGAUCAGAUCCACCCUGUUAGCGACAUGGGAUUACUUGGUUACGCAGCAACCUUUAAGUUGAUGGACCGACUUGCAAGCCACGAAUUCGCAGCUGAAGCAUGCAGUGACACGCUUGAGCGCCUCUCGGGUACACUAAGAAUCUGGACCGGAAAGGACUGCGGGCUAGAGUCAAACGUGAGACAUCAAAUGGUUGAACGAUGUCUAACCGUCACUCGUGGUGUUAUGGGGAUGAACCUUGAUACCGACACCGGCUACGGAAGUAUGAGCGAGAACGAGAAUGAGCAAGAGAAUUCAUCCGAUUCGGAAUUUACAACUAAAGAGAAGCUUCCCGAGGUCAAGAUCGAAACGGAGUUGCUUACAUCUACUUAA